AUGUACACAUCGCUGCCGCCCCGCGGUCGCCGGGCACUCUCGUGCGGCUCCAGCUUAUCACCGUCGCUCUACGACAUCCAGCACACGCUGCUCCUCACUACGCAUCAGCAGCGCCUCCUCGCUCUCAGCAUCACUAAGCUUCACAUCACGGCCUUUUCUGCAUCACCCUGGGCCGUCCAUGUCAAAUUUACACGCAGUGCAGUCGCCCGCACCGAGCAUGUAGCUGACUACUUUAUUGGAGGCCAGGCGCAGUGCGCCUGCAAUCGCAUCUUCGCCUAUGUGCCAGAUAAAUCAUCAACGGCACACCAGCUACUAGUUGACGGGCUAACGAGCUUGUGGGACGCUUCUGUCGUGCGAGGCACUGAUGGCGCGACGGAAUGGGAGUCGACACGAUUACAUACCGUCCUAGUGCUACCCGGCGUAGUCGGCGCCUGGAACAUAUCGCCACCCCUCUCGCUGCCCGCCCCGGACUGUCCGCCAACUCGAUGGCCCAGUGAGCAGCAUGUGGCCCCAUGUGCACACCCUAACACACCUCCCGAACGUAUCGCGACACACGGCAGUGCUAGUGCCAGCAGUUUCAGCAGUCGGCCUUGCUCAAGCUGUGUCUCCAGCACAAGUCCUAUUAGCCAUGAGUGUCCACAGCCGUCUCACCACCGUACUCCUGUCAAUGAUUCCAUCCCAACGUCUCCCUAUACUAGUCCUGAUCGAGCCAGCAGACUCUCGCGGAAAGCCAAGUUUUGCCGCGCGUGA